AUGUCUCCGACUCGCACAUCUCACCCUCUCGUUCCUGGACCAGGCGUCUCGAUAGCUGCUGCAGAGACACCUAUCAACGAUGUGCUGCAACCAUUUCAAUGCGCGAUUUGCCAGAAACGGUUCACCCGUCACGAAAAUCUCAAACGACAUUACGCGGCCCACGUCGCAGCCGAAUCUGGUGCGAGCUAUUCAUGUGGUGAAUGCAGUACUACUUUCUCUCGUAUGGAUCUCCGAAAACGGCACAUGAAGAGGAAACAUCCAGAUAAAACUUCGGAUGUAGCUGCCAGUGAACGAUCCCUCCCUUCUCAGGAUACCCAGGAUCAGAAUGAAGACCAGGACCAGCAACGCUCGACGUCUACAGGGCCAUCACCAGAACAGUUUCUCCAAUCCCCAAACUCCUUUGACGACCUGGCUGUGAGUGAUUACCGCACUUCCAUCGUUCAUGAUCCUUUGAAAAGGACAGGUGGGGCUAAUGGUCCAUCUGAACAGCCAUCAACGUCUCUCGUGCAAGAAAACGCUAUCAACGCCUGUCCUACUUUGCCUAUCACGCACCUGCCAGAAACUUUCACCACAGAUGAGUCUACCUUCCGACGCAAUAAUACGGUUCAAGAUGCCGAUUUAGUAGCUCAGCUCUUGUUCAACGUCCCCGAUGACCACACAAAUACAACCUCAACGACAUUUACUACUAGCCAAAGCACUAGUCAAGGGCCAGAUCUCUCACUCCACGACAUACAUACGGGGGUCGAGCUGUAUUUUGACCACGUAUCGCAGUUCCUGCCAUUCUUGCAUCGUCCCUCUUUUCGAGCUGAGGCCGUAUCAAAGCCGCUGCUUCUCAGUGUCCUUUCUUUAGGAUACCAGUUCAGUGACGAAGCUUAUAUAUGGAAGACUCUGGCAUCACAAUGCUUCCAUCAUGCUGUCAAAUUGCUGGAAUUGACAAGCGCGUCGACAGCGGCAGCCAAACUAGCUCUCAUUCAGGCGCGUCUCUUGCUGCAAGUCUAUUCUGUGAUGUACACGAGUGGACAGGAAACAACGUGCGGUCUUCAGCUACACGCAAAGUCCGUCGAACUAUCACGCAAAGGCGGUUUGAUGGACCCUCUCCCAGUGAAAUCAAACUCGACGACAGAUCUCGAUGCACUUUGGUACGAAUGGAUACAUGCGGAAAGUCACAAAAGCUCAUUGAUCACUCUGGGACCGUUGAUAUCUGCUCGAGCUUGCGAUGGGGGACAAGCUACAUGGUGUGAGGCUACGUGGCACAUGACGAUGAUUGAGCUGCUCAACUGGUCAUCUGCUCACACUAACGGAGUGGUAGAGGGGAGUGUGGACGCCGCCUUGGCUUCAGCCUGGUUCCUACAGUAUCUCGAUCGGGCCGACACAGCAGUUGUAGAACCGCCAUGGAUUACAGUCUAUGCCUUCAAAGCAUUCUACAUAGCAUGGCACCUUGCACGAGCCGGCAAUUUCGACACUAUGACACACAUAGGGCUGAUCGAUAUGCCUGGAAUAAUGACAUGGGCUAAUGUUGUAUUCGGACGGAGGGGAAAAUGGGAAGUGGGGAAAUUGAUUUUGCGGAGUUUAGAUUCAUUGGAAAUUGUGUAA